AUGGUUGCAAAAUUGAAUUAUCUUGAAAACGUGACAGUUAGUUUGGUGAAACAACCUGACACUGCUCAUCACGAGCUUGUGAUAGAAUACGAGAGCCAUGUUGAGGACAGUGCCGACUUCAACCUUUCUCAGCUCAUCUACAGUCAAGCGCAAGAGGCGGAGGAAAAGCCAGAAGUUUGGUCUCGUCGUUCACGUUACUCUGAGAUUGAUGAGAAUGUUGUUGCAGUUUUCGUCGAAGUAGACGCAAACUGUCCAGAUCAG